AUGAAACUUAGUCACGCGCGCGGCAUCCAGUUACACACAUUCGUGGACGCAAGUUCAACGGCAUACGCGGCCGUCACCUAUUGGCGUGUAGAAGACGAAGAUGGCAACAUACACGUCUCACUCAUCAUCGGCAAGGGGAAAGUAGCUCCGUUGAAGGUGAUCUCCAUACCACGACUAGAGCUGCAAGCUGCCGUGCUGGGUUGCCGUCUUACACAGACCGUCGUCGACGAGCAUCAAUUUAAACCGACAAGCCGCUACUACUGGACAGAUUCCCGCACUGUGCUGACCUGGAUACGCAACGGACCGCGAGUUUAUAAACCGUUCGUAGCGCAUAGAGUGGCGGAGAUCGCUGAACACACUAAAACGAAAGAAUGGAGAUGGAUACCCACCAAAAUGAACGUCGCAGACGACGCCACCCGCGACGUGCCACACGACUUCGACUCUAAUCAUCGAUGGUACAGGGGGCCGGACUUUCUAUAUAUGUCGGAAGAAAAUUGGCCUCAAGAGGAAGUCACGGACGUCAACGUCACGGAUGAAGAACGGGUCCACCUCACCACAGGCGUCGGCGCGCGACUGAAGGAAGCUCUACCCGAAGUAACUCGUUUCUCAAGUUGGAUACGCCUCAUGCGGACCACAGCGCGCGUACUACAGUUCAUAGACAGGCUGCGGACGCGCACACAACGAUGCGCCGCUUUAAGGAAGAGAACGAGGAAAAAUGCCGACGCCGACCCUACUUGGCGAAAAAAUGAUACAGAAAGCAAGAAGACGAAUACUUCCGAGGCUGUGCGUGGAAAGCAAGUUUUACACAAAUUUAAAACGAUCGACGCAUCAUAUCUACGCCACGCCGAGUCGCUGUGGAUACGAGCACAACAGGAAGAGGCGUUCACCGAGGAAAUCAACGCCCUCAAGAGGGGGACCCCUUUUCCCCCCUCUAGCCGCCUUAUGAAAUUAUCAACGCUACUCGACGGCGAAGGCAUAAUACGACUACGAUCGCGAAUAGCGGCGGCGGGUGAUAUCACUGAGCAACAACGGUCACCAGCCGUGCUUGAUGGAGACCACCCAUGGGUGCGACUGUAUAUCGCCUGGAUACACAAACAGACGCACCACGGAGGCUUCGGCAUCACCACCAGCGAGGUACGACAGCACUACUGGCUCCUACGACUACGCAACGCUGUGCGAAGCGAACUGAAACGUUGCCGAGUGUGCCGCAUCAUGAGAGCCACGCCUCCACAACCCUCGACUGGAAACCAUCCGCCCAGCCGCCUCGCUCACCAUCAACGCUCGUUCACAUACACCGGGCUGGAUUUCUUCGGCCCACUCCAAGUCACAGUAGGCCGCACACGACAAAAAAGAUACGGAGCGAUCUUCACCUGCCUAACCACGAGAGCGGUCCACGUCGAGGUCGCCGGAGAUCUGAGCACCGACUCCGCCAUCAUGGCACUCCGUCGCUUCAUAUCGCGACGCGGAUGCCCGACGGAGCUGUGGUCUGACCAGGGAACCAAUCUCCGCGGCGCGGACGCCGAGCUACAGAGGGCAGCACUAGAAGCUAUACAGGAAGACGCCAGUAUCCGGUUCAUCAAGUGGAGAUACAUACCGCCGAGCGCACCGUUCAUGGGAGGAGCAUGGGAGCGUCUGGUACGAAGCAUCAAAACAGCUCUGUACACCGUACUGCACGAACGCGCCCCGAAAGAAGAGGUCCUGCACACUCUAUUGGUCGAGGCAGAGCACACCCUCAACAGCCGCCCUCUCACCCAUGUAUCCACUGCUCCAGAAGACGAGAACCCCCUGACUCCGAACCACUUCCUACUGGGGGGUCCCUCACGAGUACCACUGCCUGGAGCCUUCACGGACACUGACAUCGACGGGCGCAAGAUCUGGCGGACCAGCCAACGACUGGCCGACAUGUUCUGGUCACGCUGGAUAAGAGAAUACCUCCCUGAUCUCCAGCACAGACGAACUCCGAGAGCCACCAACGGCGCGCUACAACUGGGAGACUUGGUGUUCAUAGCCGACGGGACGCUACCACGCAACACCUGGCCCCGCGGCAUCAUUGUGGCUACAUACCCAGGCCCCGACGGAGAAAUAAGGGCGGUCGACGUGCGGACAAACAGAGGAGUUCUGCGCUGUCCUACAAAGAAGCUGGUAAUCAUUGAAACGGGAGGCAACGAGACAACGAAGCGCGAACCCUAG